AUGGCCCUGCGUCUGAGGAGUAGCAAGGAUGUCAAGAAGAGCUCGUACUACGUUUGGUACCUGGGCGCGAGGGAGGCCAAGGGGGUGGACGCGAUGCCCGGUGCCAUAGCUUACCUGCUCGAGCGAGAACGGCUUCAGGAGCCUUUCAAGGUCACGCUACAGGUGAGCAACAAGGGGUUGAAGAUUAUACAGACGGUCCAUCCUGGCGGUUCGACGAGGUCGGCCGUAAAGCAUUUAGUGCCUGGACAUGCGGUAUUGGCGGCUGUGCCUACGAACAAUCCAGUUCACGUUCACGCUUACAGAUGCGACUCCGUCGAAACAGCCGAAUUGUUAGGGGGCCAGUUGAAAGCACUGGCGUCACACACGGACAAUUUGGCCAGGGUCAACUCGCUGGAAGGCAGGGCCCGUAGUAAUUUAGGCAGCGACGGUAGGAGCACCAGGGAAUCGGAGUCAUCAGAGGGCAGCGGCGAGCUCAGACACGAUUCCGUGCAAACGACCACGAUAUACGAGUCCCUGGCUGCGGAGUUGCGUGCCAAGCUCGGCAGAGGCAACUCAGGGGACAAUGACGUGGGCCCGAUUCUUCUGCCCCCGCGGGAUUACGAUACGAUGCACAGACACCGUGGCAAUCUGGCCGGGAUAGAGUUCAGACGUUGCCUGAAUCAAACGAUCGUAGGUGGUAGUACUACGGUUGACAGAGGCGGCACGAGGAGCGCGGCCAGCAGUGGAAUUGGCUCGGACAGCGCCGCGACGCCUCCGCCCUAUCAGAGCCAUCAUCCUCUUGGUCCAAGACCUUCGAGACCUUCCAGAGAUUCGUCCUCCGACGACGACUGGGGAGCGCCAACAGAGGAGAACGAUUACCUGCCAGAGCCAGAGACGACAGGGACCAGUUUAACUCUGCCCAGAUUACCAAGAAGCCCGGAAAGAUUGCCAAGCCAGAUGAGUAGAGGCGUUUCACCAGGUUGCAACAGAAGUCGCAGAGCCCCGGAAUUCCGGCAGCGGUCACCCAGCCCCCAAUACCAACCAAGAGUAAACCCUGGCGAGGUGACCAGCCCCAGAGAGAGAUUCCAGGAUGCCAAGGAGAUGUUCAGAGCCAUGGAGAGAGAGGCUAUCGCCAGGCCUGUCCUUUCGAGGCAGAGAGAAGUUGAAAGUCAUCCCGCUCACAGGAUCGAGUCGGUGAGACAGAGCCAUGAGGAGCAGCCUGGCAGGCAGCAUCCGGCGAGCAACAGUUCAACGAUCGGCCACGAGCACCUGAUCAGACGGAAUCAUUCGGAAGUAUCGGAACGGGAGAACGAUAUUUCUUACAGGGCUCGACCGCGGCCACGAACCCAUCAUUAUGCGAUGGAACGCCCACCAGAGCAAGAGGUCUCGAGGCCUCGGCCGAGAAGCUUCUACGAAAACCCAUCGGUUGGAAGAGACUUCCGAGAUCAAAGGAACGUUGCUGAUCCGAGAGAAGCUCGGGAUUUCCGUGACCGCGCCCACGUGCGGGAGAUACGCGAAAAAGUGCGCGCCAGGACCACCACGUACCAAGAACUCUCUGAACACGAACGAUAUCCAGGUCUGGAUCGCGAUAGCGCCAGACCACCCUUAGAAAUCGUCCCUACACCUGGCAGAUACAGACACAGCUACGCAGAGCCUCCACGAUUGGGCCUUGCAGCCCUUCAUCCCUACUGA